AUGGCUGAAUCGAAUCAAGUCUCCUUGAUAUGGAAUCGGGCAAUCGACCAGUACCAAGCGAUCACGAAGAAGAAGCUCGAUGGCUCGACUUUGAACUCUGUAACCACCGUGGAUGACCUGGUCCAAGUUAUUGACGAAGAAAACAACGGUUUUUCUGAUUUUCGUGCCAAAAGACACGAUUUACUCACCGUACUAAAGUAUGCCAUGAUCCCAGUUGAACUGGUUGGAAAAGUGCUAGCCAGUGGAGCUGGACAGGCUUUCUGGCCUUGCGCACUUGUCUUCAGCGGAGUCGAGCUUCUUCUUAAGGCGGCGAAGGGAGUCUCAUCCAAAUACGAUGCAAUCAUUGAGCUCAUGUCUUCUUUGAAAGAUUUCACGAAUCGCCUAGAGAUAUAUGCAAAGUACGAGAUGUCACAACACUUGGGACAAAAGCUUUCCGAGAUUCUGGCCUCUUUGAUCGAAGUGAUCGCAUUUGCACGGCAGGAAAUCAAACAUGGACGGCUCCUUUCCUUCGGAAAAAGCAUACUGUCAGGCAGUGAUGCCGGCAGCGCCGCUAUGGCCAAGUUUAUCAAACUUGUACAGAGUGAGACAGCUCUAGUCGGAGCAGAAACUAUUACACAAGCGAAGGAAACGAGCUCAACACUUUCUCGAAUGGACCAGAAUGUGAUCAAAAUCAGCCAGCAACUAGAGAACUUGGAACCAAGCUCCAGCGCAGAAGAUCGCUUGAACUCAAUGAAUAGAAGUCGCAUCCCAGACACCGGUGAAUGGAUCAAACACAAAAAGGAAUUCGUGUCUUGGAUCAACCGCACCACUCCAGUCCUAUGGAUUUCUGGAAAUCCCGGGGCAGGGAAAUCCUACAUUGCUUGCAGCAUAGUGAACUAUUUGAAACACUCACUCGAAAAGAUUGGCCCAUCAGACGUGACAUCCGUCGGUUUCUUUUUCUUCAAAGAUGACAAUCCAAAGACAAGAUCUGUGCACCAGGCACUGCGCGAUAUCGCAUUUCAGAUCGGACAGAAGAAUUCAGUAUAUGCUAAAUAUCUUGAAUCUUGCAUAGACGCAUCGGAUGACGCACCUUCUCUUCCACUGUCCACCCUGUGGCAGAGACUCUUUAUUGAUUUUUUUAACAUCUCGAAAAAUAAGGAUCAAAUCUUAUAUAUUAUGUUGGACGCGCUUGAUGAGGCUUUCACGGAAGACCGAUUGGAAUUUUUCGAGCUUGCAAAAGAUGUCUCUGCCACAGGGCAAAUUCACCUGCUCAUGCUUGGUCGACCACAAAUAGCAGAGGAAAUGAGCGAGCUCAUCGAACUUCUUGCUAUUCGAACCAUCCAUGUUUCUGAAGUGAACAAUCUGCAAGACAUUGUCAAAUACAUCACAACGCGAGUUUCACGGUCCAUGUAUCUGAGAAGAUUACCAGUUGAUUUUAAGGAUGAAAUCACAGAGAAGCUCUCAGCUGGUUCACAGGGAAUGUUUCUUUGGGUUGAACUGAUGUUCCAGGAGUUACUUCGUUCGAGAAGUGUUUCGAGUAUUCAAAAAAGCCUACAGGAAGCACCGAAGGGUCUUUCGAGUAUGGUCAGGCACGUCUUAAGGGGAAUUUCAGAAAGCUUGGAGAACGACACUCAAUUCGCGUCGGAUCUGAAUGAAUUGCUGGCAUGGAUCCUUUGCGCAUAUCGACCUUUGACUCUGGGAGAGGUUUCGAGAAUCUUAAAAUGGAGAAGCCCUAACGGGAAGGGCUGGAUCUGGCUUGAAGGAUCCCUACGCAUUCAAUUUGCUUCCAUCUUCUCAGUCAACCGGUGGGGUGGGAAAAACACGGUAGAUUCCUUGGGAAUCUUCAGUAAAGAAUCUAAUGACUCAGGGAGUACGAUCAUGGAAGGAUCCAGUGGUGAUGAAGAAAAAAGAUCGUGGGAGGUAUUUGAUUCUGACCCACGCACGACCACCGUGACCUUCAAUCAUGCUUACUGGGGAGAAUUUUUCAAGGGUAGUGACAGUCGGGUGUCUGCCCGGGACGGAUUGCCUUCAAUUGGCGUUGAGUAUCAUGAGGCUCAAGUUCUUGUUCUGUCUCGUUGCCUUGGAUUCAUUUGUGAUGAAGGGUUUGCGGGUGGGGAAUUCCUUACCACACUCCAGGCGUACGCCUUCCGGUCAUUGAUUUUCCACCUCGAGGCUGUUAACAUUAAGAAGACUUCAACAGAGGAAAAGCAAUUCAUCGGAAUUAACUUGGCUCGAGUUGUGCUGGGAGAAACGGUUUUCGACAAGUUUUAUCUAAAUAGCCUGCCAUCGCUGGGAGCUCGAUUCUUCUCCAAGGAGACUGUGGACCUGUUAAUCGGGUGGCUUUUUGACCCCGAUAUACAUGGUAAUCUCCUAGACGAGUCAAGAAUUCUCUUGGAUGAAUUUAUUGCUACAAAUCGGGCAAACAUACUUCUUCUCAUUGCUCAAAGAUUGGCGAAAGCUUGGCUUUCUAAUAGGAAUGUCUCGCUUCGGUAUAUUCUUGCUUCAAGCGUGUAUGAUUUUGUUAUAUUACAAGAUCAACGCGAAUCCUCUCGUUUGACCUCCCACGAGCAGAUUAUCGAGGCUGCGGGGUGGGCUGACUAUCCAAAAGAUGCUGUAUGGUAUGAAAGUAUCGGAGAAACACUGGAAAGUCACGGGCUGGACGAAGCUGCCAUUCAAUACCUCCAAAAGUCCUUGGAACUCGAUCCUUCUUCUAAGAAAGCACACAACAAUCUGGCUCGAAUCUAUUUCACAAUCAAAGACUUUAAGAGAUUUAUUGAUUCAGAUAGCAGGGCUGCGGAACACCUCGAGGCUCAAGAGCCAUCAUCUGAAAAUUUACAAGGUCUACAUUCUAUCUACGAGCGUCUCGCUCAAAUGUAUUUGGAGUGCGAGGAUUGGAUUGAUUGCAUUCGUACGGCGGGGAAGGGUCACGCGAUUGCCAACCAAUGCAUCCAUUGUGCGGAUUGUCUUCUCGAGGCCUACAACAGAGCAGGACGACAGGUCGAUGGCUUCAAGUUCAUCGAGCGCUUGAAUUCCAUUUCUAAUGGUGUUGAUGGAACUGUUUUUAUCGAUCUGCUGACUUUUCAACCGUCUACAUACCACAUGCUUAGACUUGGCUUUGCCGCUGCGAUCUUGGACACUAACCGCCCUCCGUUUCUUAUCCACGCCUACACGCAAGCUAUCAGUAUAUCCCAGACACGCAGAAGGGCAGGUUUGACUGCAUCACUGCAGCUCUGUCUCGCCUAUAUUUACCAGGUCUACGCGCAUGAUCCCAGUCACGCUGAGCAAUUAUACUCACAGCUAGUUCGAGACUAUGGAAAUAGCGAAGCAAAGGGGGUUACAUCUCCUCAUGUCGAGGAAGCUCUCCACGCAUUAAGCGCUCAUUAUUUAUCUGCCUUCCUCCGAUCGAGUCGGACUGAAGCUGAUAUAUUAUAUUACUCGAAGAUCCUAGAAGACCUCACCCGAGGGAGGUUGCCAGGUGAAGAAUGUGAUAGGAUAAGGAGCUCGGAGGCUCUACCGCACGCCAACUUGCGGACGGAGCUUAUUCUGGCCCAAUUCUACGAAAUAUGUGGUUGCAAGACCGAAGCAGCCGGAAUGCUCAAAGACAAGCUCAGGUCAUGUCUGAAGACUUUCGACGAUAACGUGAGGUCGAUUGACAUGAAGAUACCCUAUUCUCGCCUUCGCUGGGUAGCCGAAAUCCUUUCCGCCUUGGGAGACAAUUUGUAUUCUGCAGGGGCAUUUUAUAAAUAUUGGGAGUCCCCCGCGUCACAUAUCUGCGAUGGAUGUGGUUCAUUUUGUGCUGUUGAUGGUAUUUCAAUAUGCUCAUCCUGUCCAAAUCUGAGUUUUUGCGAGGCUUGUCUUCCUCUCUUGAAAGCGGGAAAUUUACCAGUAAACGUCUGUCAUAAGGAUCACAAUCUCAUCUUUAUUCCGCCACGGCCGGACGAUGUCAAAUCUCGGUGCCAAGAAAAAUGGUCCAUGUUGUAUAUCGGUGGAGAAUGGUUGACUGUGGAGGACUUCAAAUCUCGUCUUGAACUGAAAUACGAAUUGUAG